AUGACAGGGCUCAUGGAUAUCAAUCAGGUGCCGUCAUCACGCAGCGUCAGAGCUCUGCGGCGGGUCUACGACAGCGUCCAGGCUCACAUCCGGGGCCCUCGGGCGUUGGGUGUGACGGAUCAGUCAUACUGUGCCAUGCUCUACCCGGUUCUGCUUCGUGCGCUUCCGGACGACAUGAGGCUGGAGUUCAACCGCAAGAUGUCUUCGGGGAACGCCGAAAACGCCACCGCCGGGGGAACAUCAGCAACCGACAUCGGCUCCGACUCAGCAACGGAGCAAGGACCCGUUAAGGAGGUGCGCGCGCUGCUGAACUUUCUCAAGAUCGAGGUGGAGAGCCGGGAGAAAACAUCCAAGGAACAACUCGAAGACGCUGGCGGUAAGCCUACUCAUUGUUUCCCCAUGCAUGAACAUCCGAAGAGGCGCCUAAACAACGCCAAGACUCGGAACGCUACCGCUACGGCCUUGCAUGGCAGGAUGGACAGCAUGGAAUGCUUUCUUUGCAAAUCAAAGGCGCACAACACACCAGACUGUAACGUGAAGAUUGAACUCAAGGAAAAGAAGCGCAGGCUGCAAGCCGAUCGCAGGUGCUUCCGGUGCACAAAGCCGAACCACACGGCAAGAAUGUGUCGCGGCACGCUCCGUUGUGACAGGUGUCGAGGGAGGCAUGUAUCCACUAUGUGUGAUCCAGAUUACUUUCCGGGACGAGCUGCCAGCGGAUCGGAUGAAACGCGGAAGAAAGACAAGACGCCUCUCAACCUGCAUGUGAGCGAGAAGGGCAACAAACCGGCUGUCCUUCUGCAAACGGUUACCGCGUGGGUGGAAAGCAAGAACAGAAGAAAGUUGGCCCGCAUUCUCUUCGACAGCGGUAGUCAUCGCUCCUUCAUUACAGAGGAGCUGCCGAGGGGUCUUGGUUGCAAGCUUCUCGGAACAGAGGUUCUUACCGCCGGAGUGUUCGGUGGCAAGACUAGCGAACAAACGUACCGUAGAGUACAAGUAGUUUUGAGUAAUCGUCUAACCGGCCAGACAUACGAGAUGGACGCUUUCGAGACGCGUUCUAUCUGCGAACAAGAACUUCCAGGCCCGGAUGAAGACAUCCUCGUGAAUAUGGAGGAGCUCGGACUAACGGUUGGUGACGACCUGAACGGACUCGAGUGCAACGGAGUAGGAAUCCUCUUAGGAUCGGAGCACUACUGGGGAUGCGUUACGGGAAGAGUCCGUCGACUGAGCGAGAACCUGACGGCAGUGGAGACCGCCUUUGGUUGGGCAGUACAUGGACGCUCCCAGGCGACUGCAACUGUUGUCAACUGUUCCCAAGUGAUCGUCCUCAGAGCUACCGUGAGCGACCAGGAGAACACGGCUGUCCUGAGAGGAUUUUGGGAGCUUGAGAGUAGGGGAGUUGUGGACGCAGAGGUCCAGGAUCACUCCGAUAGCGACAUCAUGCAGCGCUUUGAGAGAGGCAUCACCAAAUCUGAUCAAAGAUACGAAGUCAGCCUCCCUUGGAAACCUGAUGUAAAGCUUGAUUGCAACCGAGAGAUGGCUUGGAAGAGACUUGAAAGCCAACGAAAGAGGCUGAGCAAGAAUCCUGAGCUCAUGCAGAGAUAUGAUCAGGCAGUCCGGCUUUACGUCAAGAACGGAAUGGCUGAGAGGGUCGAGAGAGACGAUAAUUCGGGUGAACGGGUGUACUACAUGCCCUACCAGGCUGAAAUCUGGAAGCUGAAUCUGCGCUGGGACGAUACACUGCCGGAAGAACUGAUGAGUGGCUGGAACAACUGGUGCGACGAGCUCACCACACUUCAGCAAAUUAACGUGCCCAGAUUCUACGAAAGCGAGCUGAAGGGCAACGUUGUACAUCGAACGUUGCACGUGUCCUCUGAUGCCAGCACCUCCGCAUUCGGAUCCAUGAUCUUCAUCUGCUGA